UCAAAUCAACCCAACCCUGGAAGAAAUUGGAAAACAAAUCUUAAAAUUUCUCAUGCCCGUUUCUCCGCGCUCUCCCGUCGGUUCCUGUCUCUCCCUCCAUUUUCCGCUUCGUUCCUAGGGUUUUCUCCCCCUUCCUCCUCCCAAUUCUUCGUCCUCGCUCGCGCGAUCCCCACCGCGAUGGUCUCCAGCGCCCGUAGUUCCGGCGGCAUGGCUCACUCGGCUUCCAACAGCGCCGGAAGCGCCGGUUCCCCCGGCAUCGGGCCCGGCAAGGUGCUUGCGGCGGCGGCCGCCACGACAUCGGCGUCAGCGUCCACGCCGGCCAGCGGGAGCACCGUUGCCCGCCGCCUCAAUGAUCUCGAAAUUCAGGGAGAUGACGCGCCAUCGUCGCAGACCGCUGCUAGCAAGAAGAAAAAGAAAGGAACACGCGUAGUAGGUCCUGACAAAGGUAACCGUGGGUUGCGCCAAUUCAGUAUGAAAGUCUGUGAGAAAGUUGAAGGCAAAGGGAGAACAACCUACAAUGAGGUGGCAGACGAACUUGUAGCUGAGUUUGCAGAUCUAAAUAGUAAUAUUGGGUCACCAGAUCCUGAUAAUCCCAACACACAACAAUAUGAUGAAAAGAAUAUACGAAGAAGGGUUUACGAUGCACUGAACGUCCUGAUGGCUAUGGAUAUUAUAUCUAAAGAUAAAAAGGAAAUUCAGUGGAAGGGCUUGCCCCGAACAAGUUUGAGUGAUAUCGAUAAAUUGAAGACUGAGCUCAUUGGACUGAAAGGUAGAAUUGACAAGAAAAGUGCAUAUUUGCAGGAAUUACAAGACCAAUAUGUGGGCCUCCAAAACUUGGUAGAGCGAAAUGAGCAGCUAUAUGGUUCGGGAGAUGCUCCAUCAGGCGGAGUGGCCCUGCCAUUCAUAUUGGUUCAGACACGUCCUCAUGCAACUGUAGAAGUGGAGAUAUCAGAAGAUAUGCAGUUGGUGCAUUUUGAUUUCAAUAGCACUCCGUUUGAGUUGCACGAUGAUUCUUUUGUAUUGAAAGCAAUGGGGUUCUCUGGCAAAGAAGAAACUGAUGGCACAGUGGCUCUGGUUGCAAAUGCGGUUGAAUGCUCAAGCGCAUCAAAUGUUCACGGGCAUCGGUCACCACAACCUGCAAGGCCAAAUGGAACUAGGCUACGAACCCCACCUCCUAUUCCAGGGAUACUGAAAGGGCGUGUCAAGCAUGAACAUUAGGCACUAAAAUGGGGGGUUAAUGUUUUGAGAGCUACCCGGAUUUAUACUUCCUUGGCUUCUGUAACUUAAUAUGUAAAAAGGCUUGUAAAUUAUGUCCAUGGGGAAAUGUGAUGUUCUAAUUUAGCUUUGCAGCCGAUGCUAGGCUGAUCGGCAUGGUGAAGCCCCAGGCCUGAUUUUGAACUUUUAGCUCUAUUCUUUUUGCUCCCUUUCUGAUUUAGAGAAAUGAACAUGGUUUGGUCCAAUGUAACUGUAGCAUUUUAUAUUCUCAAAAGUAAUUAGCGUCUUAGCUAGGAUGGACACUCGAGUAAAUUGCAUGUACAUCAUACUGUUAUGUAUUGGGGAAGUUCAAUCUGUCACAAGAUAAAAUACCAUCUUCUUGGCGUA